UUCAACCUACAAACCCAAAGAAUAAUCUCAAUAGAUUACCAACAUCAAACAACAACACUAUUUCUACUUCGAACCAAGAUUUAGAUAAAGAAAUAAAAAUAGAAACAGACUCUUCAAACACA